AAAAACUGGAGGCAUCAGUCGUCAGGAGUUCAGUGCUGUGCGAGAGGCCGGCUUGUGAACCUUGGCCCGGCACGUAGCUUUCGGAAGUAGCUUUCUGUAGCUAGAAUAAUACCACGUCAAUUUUGUCAGCGGCAGGGCAAAAAGGAGAACAAGAAGACAGACAUGAAUCCUGGACGCUGCUGCUCGGUGAAAUCACAACACAGCGAUAACGCCAAACCCUAACUGCUGGACGUGCAUCUUUACUGCUAAGAAAAAGGGGGGCCCUGGGCACCUUGGAGGAAGGGAACAGAGCAGCUGUCCACCAACCACCAAAGCAGCAAUGCAGGGGCUGAUGUGGAGCCUGUGCACCCUACUCUGCAUUUCCCUAUGGGUGGGAAGUUCCUGCAAGAACUCCAGGGAAACACAGAGGGCCAAAGAGACGUCUAUACAAAGAACUAAAAGAGCUCCUGUGGAUCCCAACACCAAAAAGUGUUCCUACACCUUCCUGGUGCCUCAGCAGAAAAUUACAGGUCCCAUCUGUGCCAGUUCGACAGGACCUGAGCCAGAUAAGGACAGAGUGACCCGCAUGGACCUCGCAGACGUGCGGGAGGUGCUGAGCAAACAGCGGCGCGAAAUUGACAUGCUGCAGCUGGUGGUGGACGUAGACGGUAACCUGGUGAAUGAGAUGAAGCUGCUGAGGAAAGAGAGCAGGAACAUGAACUCCAGGGUGACCCAGCUUUACAUGCAGCUGUUGCAUGAGAUCAUCAGGAAGCGGGACAAUUCCCUGGAGCUGGCCCAGCUGGAGAAUCGCGUCCUCAACGUGACCUCGGAGAUGAUGCGGCUGAACUCCAGGUACAGGGAGCUGGAGGCCCGCUUCGCCACCAUGGCCGGGGUGGUCAACAACCAGUCCGUUCUCAUUUCGGCACUAGAGGAGCAUUGCCUGAGGCCUGCGGGGCGCAGCGAACUGCCUGCAGUACCCCCGCUGGUUCAGGUGGUGCCGCAGACCAUACCAAUAAACAACCGCUUCACCAACGAAAUACAGCGAGACAACAACAACCGGGGGUUUUCGCGAGGAUCGCGCACAAACUCGCCCACUUCAAGCCCCAUUGGAAUUGACCCUCCGCCGCCGCAGGGAACACUCACUUCUGACGGUCCAUUCAAAGACUGUUUUCAGGUGCGAAAAGCCGGUCACACCACAAGUGGGAUGUACCUGCUCAAGACCGACGGCAGCGAACAGCUGAUCCAAGUAUGGUGCGAACACGGCCUCGACAACGGCGGCUGGACUGUGUUACAGAGGAGGCGAGACGGCUCGGUUAAUUUCUUUCGCAACUGGGAGAAUUACAAGAGAGGCUUUGGCAACAUCGACGGCGAACACUGGCUCGGGCUGGAGAACAUCUACAACCUAGGUAAGCAGGGUGACUACAAGCUGAUGGUGGAGCUGGAGGACUGGAACGGCAAAAAGGUGUACGCCGAGUACGGCAGUUUCCGCCUGGAGUCAGAGAGCGAGGGCUACCGCCUAAGGCUGGGGGCUUACCAGGGCAAUGCCGGCGACUCCUUCACCAGCCAUAACGGCAAACAAUUCACCACGCUGGAUCGAGACAAGGACGCCUUCUCAGGUAACUGUGCCCACUUCCACAAAGGUGGCUGGUGGUACAAUGCGUGCGGCCAGACCAACUUGAACGGCGUGUGGUACAGCGGCGGAGUUUACCGGAGCAAGUUUCAGGAUGGGAUUUUCUGGGCCGAAUACGGAGGGGGGUUCUACUCGCUCAAAUCUGUGCGCUUGAUGAUCCGACCCAUUGACUAGAACGUCGCCACAGUGACACACUCGAUUCUCCUGCCAUUUUUAAUUAAAAAUGUAUCCGUGAAUAAACACUGAACAAGUAUGAGGAGAAAGACUGCCAUUCACGAUGAGGUGUGCAGGAACAAACCACUGCAUACAUUUUUAUAAGAACUUGAGGACUCGAAGCGGCUCUACUGCCGAAAUGAAUUGAAACUGUCCUGAACUUCAAGUCAGGGGGAAAAAAAUAAAUUCAGAAUUGUGUCACUUGAGCCAUACGUCUUAAAUCUAGCCUAAAGGUCCUGGAAAAAUAAGUAUACACUCAAGCCUCCCGGUGGAAACAAUGGUCUUAUUGUAUUUUAUUUUUUAACAAAAGAAGAUAUUUCUCAGGAGCACCAAAUGGUUAUUUCCUAUCAAAAUAUGGUCAUAUGAAGGGCUGAUGAAUACGACUGGAUAUUCAUUUUUGAGUGUCACAAUAAUUUCUGUUUCUUCGGUGUGUAAAUUACCUUGGGCCUUUACGUCUGACAGUUUAACUUAAGAAGUUUCAUUCUACUCAGGCCAAAAUGUUCACAAUGCCACUUUUGCAACUCUGUUUUUCCCCAUUGGUGGGUAUUUAUGGUAAGCGCAAUUUUAACUAUUGAUAUUUAGCCCAGUAAUGUCAUUUGUUAGCCAAUUUUGAAAGCCCAUGUGAUGAAUGAACCUUGCACAGAGUUCUUUCUCAUAAUUAUGUCAAACAUUUAUCUGUUCUCUCCAUUUUCAUUGGUUUUAAGUCUUAUACCAGCUGAUAUUCAUGCAUACUGCCACGAACGUCUUACGGUAAAAAACACUCCAGCGCUGUUUCAGAAAUCCGAUGGCUGAGUGAAGGGGUGG